AUUUUAAUCCUUAACAAACGACCAAUCAAUCUCACCGUCGAGUGACGAAGACCAUUUAAAGCAUGGAUUAGCCAACAUCCAAGGACUGUCUCAAACACUAGUCGCUGAUGAAAAGUUGUAGCAAUUGUUGAACAAAUGGAAGCCUCUUCUUCUUCUUCUUGCAGAUCAAGUUCAACCACAAGUUUAUGCAGCUACCAUGUGUUUUUGAGUUUUCGAGGAGAAGAUACACGCAAAGGAUUCACUGAUCAUUUAUGUGCUGCCCUUGAAAGAAAAGGGAUAACAACUUUUAGAGAUGACAAAGACCUUGAGAGAGGGCAAGUCAUUUCAGAAAAGCUAAUCAAUGCAAUUAAAGAUUCUAUGUUUGCCAUCACUGUCCUCUCACCAGACUAUGCUUCCUCCACCUGGUGUUUGGAUGAACUUCAAAUGAUCAUGGAAUGCAGCAAUAAGGGUCUAGAAGUUUUACCAGUCUUCUAUGGUGUGGAUCCAUCUGAUGUAAGACAUCAAAGAGGAUGCUUUGAGGAAUCUUUCAGAAAACAUCUAGAGAAAUUUGGUCAACACAGUGACAGGGUUGAUAGAUGGAGAGAUGCUUUCACACAAGUUGCCAGUUACUCUGGAUGGGAUUCCAAGGGCCAGCACGAGGCGUUACUAGUUGAAAGCAUUGCUCAACACAUACAUAGAAAGUUGGUUCCUAAAUUGCCAUCUUGUACAGAGAACCUUGUUGGGAUUGCUUCAAAAGUGGAGGAAGUGAACAAGCUCUUAGGUAUGGGGUUGAAUGAUGUUCGCUUUAUAGGCAUAUGGGGUAUGGGUGGCAUAGGUAAGACAACUAUUGCUAGAGCUGUUUACGAAGCAAUCCAAUGUGAAUUUCAAACUACUUGCUUUCUUGAAAAUGUUAGAGAGAUAUCUGAGGCAAAUGGUUUAGUUCACAUACAAAGGCAACUUCUUUCUCAUCUAAGUAUAAGUAGAAAUGAUUUUCAUAAUUUGUAUGAUGGCAAAAAAACAAUACAAAAUUCUUUAUGCAGAAAAAAGGUUCUACUUGUUCUUGAUGAUGUGAAUGAAAUAAAUCAGUUGGAGAAUUUGGCUGGGAAGCAAGAUUGGUUUGGUCCAGGAAGUAGAGUAAUAAUCACAACAAGAGAUAAACACUGGUUGAUAACACAUGGAGUACAUCAACCUUAUGAGGUUGGGAUGCUAUUCCAAAACGAAGCCCUUAAUGUCUUUUGUUUGAAAGCCUUUAAAGGAGAUAAACCACAAGAAGGCUAUUUGGAUUUGUCUAAAGAAGUGGUGGAAUAUGCUGGUGGUCUUCCAUUGGCACUUGAGGUGUUAGGUUCCUAUCUUUAUGGAAGAAGUGUUGAUCUUUGGCAUAGUGCUAUUAAAAAUAUAAGAAGUGCUCCUCUACGUGAAAUCCAAGAUAAACUGAAAAUAAGUUAUGAGAGCUUAGAUGCCAUGGAGAAGAAUAUAUUUCUAGAUAUUUCCUGUUUCUUCAAGGGAAUGAAGAGAGAUAAAGUAAUAAAUAUAUUAGAAAAUUGUGGAUAUCACCCCGAAAUUACAAUUCAAGUUUUGAUAGACAGAUCUUUGAUAACUCUAGAUCGUGUCAAUAAUAAACUGGGGAUGCAUGAUUUGCUUCAAGAAAUGGGAAGGAAUAUUGUAAUUCAGGAAUCUCCAAAUGAUCCAGGCAAACGUAGCAGAUUAUGGUCUAAAGAAGACAUUGAUCGUGUGUUGACAAAAAAUAAGGGAACCGAAAAAAUUAGCAGUGUAGUUCUCAACUCACUCCAACCAUAUGAAGCACGCUGGAGCACUGAAGCAUUCUCAAUGGCAACUCAGAUAAAAUUACUCAGCUUAAAUGAGGUGCAUCUUCCCCUUGGCCUCAGCUGCCUUCCUAGUUCUUUGAAAGUUCUUCGGUGGAGAGGAUGUCCUUUAAAGACUCUUGCACAAACAAAUCAACUGGAUGAAGUUGUUGACAUUAAACUAUCUCAUAGCCAACUUGAACUACUUUGGCAAGGAAUAAAUUUUAUGGAAAAUCUGAAGUAUCUGAAUUUGAAAUUUUCCAAGAACCUAAAGAGAUUGCCUGAUUUUUAUGGGGUUCCAAAUCUUGAAAAAUUGAUUCUUAAAGGCUGCGCAAGCCUAACUGAGGUUCAUCCUUCCCUUGUACACCACAAUAAAGUUGUUCUGGUGAAUUUAGAGGACUGCAAAAGUCUUGAAGCUCUUCCUGAGAAAUUGGAGAUGAGUUCCCUGAAGGAGUUGAUUCUUUCUGGAUGCUGUGAAUUUAAAUUCCUUCCAGAGUUUGGGGAAAGCAUGGAAAAUCUAUCAAUCCUUGCUUUACAAGGAACAGCUUUAAGGAAUCUAACCUCAUCACUUGGACGCCUAGUUGGACUUACUGAUUUGAACUUGAAGGACUGCAAAAGUCUUGUUUGUCUUCCAGAUACCAUUCAUGGAUUGAAUUCCCUCAGAGUUUUGGAUAUUUCUGGGUGCUCAAAACUGUGUAGAUUGCCAGAUGGUUUAAAGGAAAUCAAGUGUUUGGAGGAACUCCAUGCUAAUGAUACUUCUAUUGAUGAACUCUAUAGAUUGCCAGAUAGUCUUAAAGUAUUAUCAUUUGCUGGUUGCAAAGGGACGUUGGCCAAGUCAAUGAACCGGUUUAUUCCUUUCAACCGGAUGCGAGCGAGUCAACCAGCUCCCACUGGGUUCAGAUUUCCACAUUCUGCUUGGAAUCUACCCUCUUUAAAACAUAUAAAUUUAAGUUAUUGUGAUCUUUCUGAAGAAUCAAUCCCACAUUAUUUUCUCCAAUUAACGUCAUUGGUGUCUUUGGAUCUAACUGGUAACAAUUUUGUUACCAUACCAAGCAGCAUUUCUGAACUCUCGAAGCUGGAACUUCUUACUCUAAAUUGCUGCGAAAAGCUUCAAUUGCUGCCAGAGCUUCCACCAAGUAUAAUGCAGUUGGAUGCAAGCAAUUGUGAUUCACUGGAAACUCCCAAAUUCGAUCCAGCAAAGCCAUGCAGUCUCUUUGCAUCACCAAUACAACUGUCCUUACCUCGAGAAUUUAAAAGCUUUAUGGAGGGUCGUUGUCUCCCCACAACAAGAUUUGACAUGCUUAUCCCAGGGGAUGAAAUUCCAUCUUGGUUUGUUCCUCAAAGAUCCGUUUCCUGGGAAAAAGUACACAUCCCUAAUAAUUUCCCUCAAGAUGAAUGGGUAGGAUUUGCAUUGUGUUUCCUAUUAGUGAGUUAUGCCGUCCCACCUGAAUUGUGCAAUCAUGAGAUUGAUUGUUAUUUGUUUUCGCCUAAUGGUAAGCAAUUGAUCAGCACCAGGAGAUUACCUCCUAUGGAUCCCUGUUAUCCUCAUCUUUAUAUUCUCUACUUGUCCAUUGAACAAUUCCGCGACAAAAUUCUCGAAGAUGAUUAUUGGGACGACGUUGAAUUUUCAUUGAAAUGUUAUUGUUGUCAAUCAUUGCAAAUAGUGAAUAGCGGCUGCCGUUUGGUGUGCAAACAAGAUGUUAAAGUGUUUCAAGAUCAUAUGGUUGUCAGUCCUUGACAAUAGCAUCAUUCAUUCUGCGAUGAACAUGGAGCUUCCUGUGGCGAAAUGAGAUGAACUUGACCAGCAAAAUGCUACACAAGCCAACAACUUACAGAAGCAGUAUCAGAUGCAGGCAAAAUCUUCAAUAUUUGAAACUUAUUUGAGUGGCCAUUGUUUUAAAGAAGCUGGGCUUGAGGUUCAGUCAAAGAAAACCUCUGUUACUUAGUGUGGUUUCAAUUCAUACUUGAUGUAUAAGAUUGUUUGAAUCUAUCUAUAAAUUUAUAAAUCCUGUUAUCAUCUAAUAUUCCAUCUAUAUUUAUAGAUAAAUUUGAGAUGAACUCCUUUUUAA